ACAAAUUACGUUCUGCUUACUCUAUGCUAGUGUAAAUUCUCUUCAAAAAGUUCUAGGGAAACCAAAAUUGGAAAGUGUUAUGUAAUAAUUUGAGUGUAAAUGUGAGAAAACCUAAAUUUUAAUGCAAACAACGCAUCGAAAUGAAUUUGUCACAUAUAAAAUCAAUAUGGAAAGAAAGGUCUUGGAUUAUACUAAAGUGCUACUGCUCAUUACAAAUAAACAUGGUAACUCAAUUAUCAACUACAGCCCGCCGUAGACUGAGUAGUGCCGUGAGCGCAGCAGGGCAAGAGCAAUGUAUUCUCGAUUCGUGUAGCAUUGGCCCAAAUUGUCAGGAGCCAAGAGUGAUUGUCGUGGGUGCUGGAAUGGCGGGCCUGUCAGCUGCACAUCGCCUUACUCAAUGUGGCGUUCGGAAUUUCGUAGUUCUUGAGGCAAAAGAAAGACCUGGUGGACGGAUUCAUUCAUGUUGGUUAGGUGACGCCGUCAUUGAAAUGGGAGCAGAAUGGAUAUACGGGGCUUGUUUACCCAAUUCUGUUUAUACACUCGCAUCUCAGGAUAGACUUUUACAAACCCCACUGCCUCGUUUAGAUGCUUCUCGUGGAUUAUUUUGUACCAGUGAAGGUCGUGCUGUAGAUCUUCCAGUUACUAUAACAGCUUAUCAUACGUUUCGACAAAUAGAACAGCAAGCAGCUAACUUAUUUAGACUAGGAGGUGAAAGACAUCAUGGAACACUACUAAAUUUUGUUGGUUUACGUAUACAGCAAGAAUUAUAUAAUUUCCCUGAAGAUCAAAGAUAUGAUGCCGCUCGUGUAAUGUUUGGACUUACGAAUAUUUUAAGAAACAGAUGUGGGGAUGAUUUAUCUCUUGUUAGUGCCGACCAGUAUGGUAGCUAUAUUGAAUUACCAGGUGGGAGUGUUCGAGUACCAUUAGGUUAUGUUGGAGUGAUGGCACCUUUACUACGAGGUCUUCCGGACAACUGUAUACGGUAUAAUAAGCCAGUAAAUGUAGUUCGUUGGGGGCCAGGUCAAGCUGGCUCCAGUCGUGUUCUUGUAAAAUGCUGUGAUGGUGAGGAGCUAACUGCCGAUUAUGUUAUACUUACCAUGUCACUUGGAUGUCUCAAAUGUCAAUCCGAUAAAUUAUUUGCGCCACCUCUACCAGUUUGUAAAUUAGAUGCUAUCUGUAAUUUAGGAUUUGGAUUGAGUGAUAAAGUAUUCCUUGAGUAUGCUGAGCCAUUUUGGGUGUGUCAUGAGGGUAAUUUAAAAUUGGCUUGGUCGGCUGAAGAAUUACAAUACAGAUGUGAUUGGACUCGUGGUGUGAGUUCUAUUGAUGAAAUGCCUGGUAGCAAACAUGUAUUAUGUGCAUGGCUAUCAGGACAAGAAGCUGCUGUAAUGGAAACUAUGGCAGACAAUGAUGUUGUUGAAGGGUUAACGCAGUUAUUACGGAGAUUCACAGGUAAUCCUUGUCUCCCCUAUCCACAAAUGAUGUUACGUUCUCGAUGGGCAUCAGAUCCACAUUUUUGUGGAGCUUAUUCCUACGUGAGUUGUUGUUCAACAGUAAGCCAUCAGUGUGAGUUAGGUACACCAGUACCAGGACCUUGCGAUCCGCAACCACCAAUUCUUCUGUUUGCGGGUGAGGCAACUGUACCUGGUUAUUUUGCAACUGUACAUGGAGCAAGACUCAGCGGGAUUCGAGAAGCAGAACGGAUAGUACAACUUACAAAAAAAUUUGAGGGACCACCACGUUAAUUUUUUUUUUACCUAAAACUUAAUUUAAUCAAAUUCUAUUUAUGUGCCAACUAGUUUCAUGUGAAAAUGAGUCAUCCAGUCCAUAAAAUUAUGUAAACAACUGUAAAGCAAAGAUAAAUACUUAAACAAGGAAGUAUUGUAGUAGUAUUAUUCGUGUUGUGAUCAUUAGCGCCUAUAAUGACGGAAGUAGCAAACAGAUAAACUGAACUGUACUUAUGUGUUAUUUAAGUCUCUAAUUAAUAAAUUAUGAUAUCGAAUUUUGAUCAAUAAAUUCUUGACCCUCCCUUUACUUGGUUCUUAGGUAUCUACUGACUUUAAGUAGAAAGAAGUUCUAAAUUAGGUUCGUUGAUUCAUGAGCCCACACUCGGUUUUCUUAAUUUGUUUAUAGACUAGUAAAAGUAAACUAGAGCCUGAUGAGUAGGCACAGAAUCUGUUGUGUAUUGAUAUAUUACCGGUAAUAUAUAUUUACAUUAUUU